AUGUCCUCGGCUACUCCGUCCCCUGCCCAACCGAUCCUCGGUACGCAACGCCUCAUCGGUAAGAAAGUCUUUGUGACAGGCGCCUCGAGUGGCAUUGGACGGUCUACUGCCCUGAUCUUUGCCCGAUGCGGUGCUUCGGUAGUCCUGGCCGCUCGUUCAAAGGACAAGCUCGAGGCUGCGCGAGAGGCCUGCGUCGAAGCAAACAAAGCACAGGGCUCGCCCGGCGAGGCGCAGUUCGCCACGGCCGAGCUCGACAUGCGUUCGCGCGAUUCGAUCGACGGACUUGCAAACCGUCUGCCAUCCUGGGCACCGCUGAGCUCGUUUGACAUUCUCGUGUCCAACGCUGGCCUCGUGCGCGGUCGGGAAAAGGUGGGCGAGAUCGACGCAGACGAAAUCGACGAGGUGCUCGAGACAAACGUGCGCGGGUGCAUUCACCUCACCCAGACUUUCGUCCGCGAGUUCCGAAAGAAGAACAGCGGGCAUGUCAUCUGCCUCGGCAGCAUCGCAGGCAAGGAAGCGUACCCCGGAGGCAGUAUCUACUGUGCAUCGAAGUUCUCUAUCCAAGCCUUCCACUCGUCGCUGCUCAAGGAACUCGUCGACACGCAGUGCCGCGUCACCACAAUUGCGCCGGGCAUGGUCAACACCGAGUUCUCCACUGUCAGAUACCGGGGUGACAAGGCCAAGGCUGAUGCAGAGUACAAGGGCCUGCAGCCGCUCUCGCCCGAUGACAUCGCAGAGGACAUCAUCUUUGUCGCCUCGCGCCCGCCGCACGUUCAGGUGGCCGACGUCUUGGUUUUCCCCACCAACCAGGCGUCCCCGUAUCACUCCUUCAGAGGCAACUAG